GGAUCAAGAUGGUUGGCUCAUUCAUUACCAGAGCUUUAAUACUUGUUCUUGGAUAUGCAUAUCCGGCCUAUGAUUGUUACAAGACAGUUGAGCUGAAUAGGCCUGAGAUUGAGCAGUUGCGGUUCUGGUGUCAGUACUGGAUUUUACUUGCAAUGCUUACUGUUUUCGAGAGAAUUGGCGAUAAUUUCAUAUCAUGGUUACCAAUGUAUAGUGAAGCAAAGCUGGCCUUUAUCGUGUAUUUGUGGUAUCCCAAGACACAGGGGACUUCUUAUGUCUAUGAGUCAUUCUUCAAGCCGUAUAUUGCAAAACAUGAAUCAGAGAUUGAUCGCAAUCUUCUUGAGUUGAGGACUAGAGCUAGUGACUUGGCAGUUAUUUACUUCCAUAAGGUUGCAGACUACAGCCAGACAAGGUUCCAUGAAAUCCUGCAAUAUAUUGCUUCGCAGUCACAGAGUCAAAGAUCUCGUUCUCAGGCACAGCAACAGCAGCAGCGCCCACCACCUCCACGGACUCGGAUGGCGAAUCCUGCACCACCCCCUGUUCCUACACCUUCGGCACCACCUAUGCCACCGCAGCCUGCCCAAGUUCCUCCUACUCCACCAAGGAUGCAAGCGCAAGACAAGGGCCCAGUUCCAGUUGUCCCUCCUGGUGCAGUGCUGCCUCCUGUGCAGCCACAGCCAGCUUCUGGUCCUGGUGCUGUCGCCAGCAAUGGUUCUCUGAACACUGAAGAAAUUCUGGUCGAUCAAUCUGGGCCAUCGAUGAGCAACAUGCCACCCCGCCCUACAAUGCCUGAAGACGAGGAGACGCUCAUCCAGGAGGCGAUCCGGCUGACUCGAGGUCGGCUCAGGAGGCGCAUGGCUGGAUCUGGUGGACCUCCAUCGAACUAGCACCCGAGAAGGAUCGUUUCUCGUAAUUCUGCUCUAUGGCUGGAUGAUUCCAAAUGGGCUUUUCGAAGCUCCACUGAUGACGAUGCUGACAGGUUAAAAACGCCGGGUUGGUCCAUCAGACAUGACUGAAUUCCGUUUCGCCGCUGCAUGCACGCGCGUGUUCCUAGUGUAAAAAACGGGCUCCUGGUUCCUGCCGUUUCACGGCCCAGAUUGUGUAUAUAUCCAUCCGCCGCCAGGGGUAAAACGCUGUCAUGUCAAUUAGAUCACUAGCUUAGGUGCUAGCAGAAGAUGGUUAAAAAGGCUCGACGAAAUCAGUUACGAAGUACUUAUGUUCUGCUGGCUUAAGAGGUAAUUCUGGUACAUUGAUACUCAA